UAAGCUUAGCCCCUUAAACGUUCGGUUGUGCCCCACGUUCCAACUGUUAACUGAACACAUCACCCUCCCGCCUCCACAUCCUCCACUCCUCCACCAAUAGCCGCAAGCCCGCAACACACUACAACACGACGUACGCCACAGUCUGACCGGCGACGUCCAUCCUUCAAUCGUUGUCAUAGCUUGUGCCCGCUCCUCGCUGUCACCUCAGACUGUCACCGUCCUUACGCCCCGCGCCACACGUGAGCUUCGGCCGGGCGAGAGCUCAUCGGCGUCCUUUGCAUCGCAGCAAGAAGUAUACGGCCUGCCUUUGGGCACACUCCUUCGACCCUGUCAAGAAACCAUCCUGCCGACGUUUGGUGCGGAGAUCAACGUGCAGGAUCCGUCGGAGGCAGAACAUCUUUUUGGUCCUCAGUUUUGGUCAGUUCUUUCACGCAAGUUUAAAAGAUCUGCGAAUCUCGAUUCGGUGACCUUUGAUUGCCUUGAGUUACUUUUUCGUCCAUAAGACGCCGCCAAGUUUAUAACCAGCCAGUACCCGAUCUUUCCCAAGUGCGCAACUUUUCUUUCCACAACACCAUUGCAAUAUCCUACAAUGUAUCACCCCCCGUUCCCUACGCCAGCUACACCUGGCCACAAAGACCCCUUUCAAUUCGCACCUCCUAACCUCCACCCGCCUCCCGCCAUGCACCUUUCCCAACAAUCUUCCCAGCAGCAACCACAGCCGCAUACACAACAGCAAUCUCACCCUCCGAGAAACACUUCCAAUUCCCAUUCCACCACCUCAAGCAGACGUGGAAGUCAGGCCCAGUCGUCACACAACCAUUAUAGUGAAACGGACAGCGAGCAAGAUGAUGACAAGGUGGAAAGAGAUAAACUUGAGAUACGGAGAGAGAAGAAUCGUGUCAAGCAAAGAAAUUUGCGAUUACGCCGUGCAAACCACAUUGCCGACCUUGAGCGGGACGUGGCCAACCUCAAGUCUGACAACACUGCUUUGCAAAAUGCACUCUCAGUGUCACAACAACACGAAAGCAAUCUUCAGGGGUGGAUACACGAUCUCGAAAGCGUCUUAUUCCGCAAUGGACUGGCUAAUGAUGUCGAAGGCUUGAGGAGAAUGUGGUCGGAUAGGGAGUUGAAGAGAAGCAGACCGUCUAUUGGCGGUUUACCUAUGAACCCUGUCUACCCUCCACCGAUCCAACAACAAGCACCGAUCGAUCCUCUUUCUACUCUUGCUCGCGCAGCAUCGCAACUUCCCACGCCUUCAUCCAACAUGUAUCCCAACACCCAACUACCCCCUACCCAGCCUAUUGCCAAUCCGAGCGGUGAUCGACCUACAUUACCCCGACCAAGCUCCUUCUCUAGACCUUACGAGAACCCUUAUCCCACGCCUGACGUCACUUGGAGUACGCAGAUGCACGACUACGUCCAUCCGGAAGCUGCACUUCAACCUCAAGAAGGAGGAGAUCUGAAGAGAAGAAGGAUUGAGGAGUGGCAGCCGUAUGGUAUCGCUGGCCGCCCGCCUACACAAGCUACCGUUACCGCCAUGACGGGCCGCCGAUCAGAUACUAUCCUUCCCCCUAUCCAACCCCUCACAGCUCCCCCAGCCGAACCUCCUCGUCCACCCUCCGCCUCAAACGCAAAAGGUCAGCAGAGAUUUCAAGAAGGCGAAAAGGGAGAAAAAGUUUCACCGAGAUUGAUAAGGAUCUCUGACCUCGUUUCGCCUAGUCAUGCCGGGGAGACGUUUUGGGGUGGGGAUAACGAACGAUUGCGGAAGAGGGAUGAAAAUAUGCCGCCCAGAACUGUCGUACCUAUGAACUCUAUUGAAAGCCUUCAGCUUCCUGCUUCACAGUUCGAUCCUGAUGAACGAACAAAGACGGAGGCGCCUUCAAAGUGUUAUACGACAGGUGAAGGGCCUUUGCUUACGCCUUUGUCCGAAACGAGGGCAUAAAGUCGUCUAUUGGUCUGCAACCGAUGCUUAUUAUUUUUUUUGUCCUUUGUUCAUUACUGCUCUGUCUAUACGUCUGUCUGGUCAAUCCGUUUCCGAAUUCAGUUGUAACACCUCCAGGAACUCUAUAUCAAAAAGGACCCAGCUAUCCGCAUUAAUCAUUACAUCUUCAAUCUUUUUGACUUUUUUUUUAUUAUCUAUCAUCAAUUACUGUUUCCUUUUUGUGCACACAACAACAUAGCAAGUACGCGUGUAACAGCUAUAUAGAAGAGACA